GAGACGAUCGACUUGUGAAAUUUUCAGUUGCGUUUAAACUGUCGACAGAGGUAGGCGCACACUUGGAGCACUUUUAACCAAACGCGCGAAAUUGUAUGCGAGAUCUUGUUUUUGAAAUAGUAUGUGUCGGAAAAGUGACAGGGUUUUUGUGAGUGUACAUUUUCGAUAUUAUUGAGGAUAUUUCAAUUCUCUACGGAUGGCUAUUCCAGUAGUUUUCAGGGUGAUGGUGUUAACCUAUACCUCCAUCCUACUGCUGACUUGCUUCUCGUCGUUCAUUCUAGCGUCGUUUUGCCCCGAAAGACAAUAUCUAAACGCUAAAUUACAAAUAUGCAUGAACUGCACUCAAUGCAAAGAUAAUACAGUACUUUUAAGACCUUGCGAAUUCCAUCGCGACACCCAAUGCGGGCCGCUGAUCGAGUUAUUGAAAGCGAUGGAUACUGGCAACCCGCACCGUCACAAACAUCAAAUGCACCAACACCAAAAGCCCGCUAAAGACGAAGGAGAAAUUAUCUGGAGGUUCGGCGACGAUAUUAAGGAUAACACUCACGAUUCUGGUGUUAAUUCGGUAGAAGACGAACCUAAAGCCGCCGCAUCGGAGGUAGCUAGCUCCGAAGCGCCGUUUUCCAGUACGGAAACUUUGGUUUGGGAUUGGCAAGCUAUCGCGUUGACUUCGGCGGUAUUUUCGUGCAUACUGUUUUUUCUAGUUAUCACCCUCUAUUCAUUGCAUCAGGCUAGGCAGUGGAGGAGGUUAAAAGAAAAUUUCGAGGCGGAUGUGGAAGAACUUUCUGCAAGACUUAGUCUAAUGGCAGCUGCGGGCAGCGAAAAUCAGCUUCUGAAAGAGGCGGGUAUAACUUCUACGAGUUCACAAGAUGUCGCUAAUUACCUGGAUAGCAAAUGUGUAUAUUUGGAACAAUUACUUAGCGAACGCAAGGAAGGGGAUAAAGUAGGGACCAUACCAAGAGGAAACGUGUAUAUAGAAGAAAGCAACUCCAAAGGACAAUAAAUAGAAAUUAUACUAGUUGUCAUAGUAUCUAUCUCAUUGUAGCUAUAUGUGUAUAUAAUUGUUAUAGAUUUAUUUUUGUUUAUGUUUAUUGCUAAUUUUUAUAUAAAAAAAUCUGUCUACACAAAACUAGCAAUGUACAGACAUCACAUAGACAAAAUUUUAUACAAUUCGAUUGCCCGAAUAAGAAAAAAAAUUAAAGUACGUCCUUUGAUUCUGUGAUCUUCCUUUUGUACUUCCAUACAAACCUGGAGCAUCAUUUAAGACAGCUUUAUGGAGUUAAAUGUGCUACAGCUCUUUAUAAGGACCUGGAGCAUCAUUUCAGGACAACUUGAUGAAGGAAAAUUCUCUGAUUUCAAAGUCAGUUAAUCCCAAUACUUGGAUACAAGUGCCCGCUGACAAUGGAAUACAGAAAUUAUGUGUUCUGAUCAACCUUCUCCUUGACAGGAAUCCUUUUUAGUUAAAUAUUUACUUCUUCAUUCUCCUGUAAACCAGAUUACAACUUUGUGUUCUUUGUCUAGUUUAAUCAUGUUUCUAGAUUAACUAUGACUUGAUUAUUUGGGAUUUGAUCCCUUUAAUUCAUUCAAUUGUUAGGAAUUUUGCUUAAAAGGUAUUAGAAUGAGUUCCAAUUCAAGUUAAUACUUCCAACGUUAGAAUUUUUGCUUGAAAAGUGCUAGAGUGGGUUCCAAUUCACAUAUAUUCUUCCAAUUGUUAGGAAUUUUACUUGAAAUGUGCUAGAAAUAGUUCCAAUUAACUUCCAUUCUUCCAUUUGUUGGGAAUUUUGCUUGAAAGGUGCUAAAAUGGGUUGCAACUGAUCGGAUUGUUUCUGUUUGGGCCCCAAAUAAACCUUUGCCUAUUUCUGAUUGAGCAGGGUGCGUCGUCUUUCCUAUUUUUUCCAAAAAAUUACCUGUUUUUUGUAAAUCAUAUACCAAGAAUUCUAGAAAGGGCACUUUACUUCCUGUUCUCCUUUUCCUAAAUACACUUUUGACUAUCCUGACUAUAUAAGUCUUCUAAGAUACUUUCAGAUAGAGUAAAGUUAGGAUAACGUCCUUUGCUACCGUUGAACAAGUCUUCAUGGUCUCUAAUAUGCUCUAAUACAUGCAUUUUGCUUAGUUGACUGUUGCUUGAGUUUUUUCGUCCAGAUAAUUGCUCUAUAGGCAUUAUAGACCUUAAAAUCAUAGUGUACUACUAGCACAAUAAACAGGGGCUACAUCCUCACUUUUUAUACACCAUUAGAUUGUAUCAAGCAAUAAGAGCAAAUAAUUUAAACUGAGAGAAAAUGGAAAUGAACGUCCCGACAUUUAAAAACAUUAUUCAAACAAAUUUUGAUGUUAGUCAAGUUUUGGGUCGACAGAUUUUUAAUCUGUGCUAUUACUUAUAUUAAGUAAUCAUAUUAAUCAUGUGUACAAUGAGAAAAUAGAAAAAAUAAUUAAAAAAUCAGUAAUUUAGAGAAGAAUUAGAAAUUGACCCACCUAACGCAGCUCAUUUCAUUGGAAUUCUUUUCUAGAAUCAAUCAAUGUGGUUGUACUACCAAUUUCCUUUAAUAGGAAAUGUAUUUUUUGCUUAGUACGCAAACAAAACCUCAAAUAUGUCAACAUUUUCUGCCAAUUGAUCUCAUAUCACCUUCAAAGUUAGAAAAACAAAAUAUCUAGUAAUUUACCUUAUUGCCCCUUGUUUUUCUUAUUUUUCAAAAAAUCCUUUUGUUUUUUUAAACUUCUUUACCUACCUGUCGUUUUUAUUUAAUUUUUUACCCUUUCACCCCAUUGUUUUUCAUAUUCUCUCAACCACUUUGAUUAUUUAUGAUUCAAUACUUUUUAUACUUUUUUCUUUCUCAUUCUAUUAUUUCUCUAUAUUGAAGAAAACAGUUAUAAACAUAAAGUUAUAUUAUUUUCUCAUUGCACCUCGUAAUAUACCUAAUACAUCUGAAUAAAAGUUAACUGCACAAUUUAGUUACAUGAUACAGUUACUAAAAAGUUAUUGAACCCCAUAAUUUUUUUUGUUGUUGAAUCUUUGAUUUUGUAAAUAAGCAAAAUAUCAGAUAAUUUCAUGCCCAAAAAGUUGCCAAAUUUUCUAUUUGAAAUAUUAAGAUUACCUUAUUAAAAUUAGUAGAAUCUACUUCUGUACAUCUCACUUCCGAAUCUCUAACCUUCAGGUACCCUCUAAGUAUUUACUACAUUAAGUUAAUAUUGAUGGAUCAUUCUUUGUCUAUUAUUUAAUCCCAUAUUUGUCUCUUGUAACAGCAGAUAUAACUUUGAAGAAUUUGAUAUUUCUAAUAUUAUAUUUCACAAAAACAUGAAAUUAUUUUUUUUAAUUGUUAACUACUGAUAAAUAUGUAUUACGUUUUUUUAAAUAUUUGUAAACACGUUUAAUAAACAAUGUCAUGUCAUAAUACAAAAACGUCACUAAAAUACUUAAAUGACAUUAUAGGAGCGUUCGGUAUUAUAGACAAAAUAGCACACUUUUGAAUAUGGGAUAUGUUCAGCAGUAACUUUUAUUAAAUAACCAAACGCAGUUCUAUCAUUUAUCAUCACUAAAGGUGCAGUGUUAAAAUUAAUGGUAAAAUAUUAUAAUAUAUUUACCUCGUAGUUCAUUGCACUUUUCAAAACAAUAGUAAACAUCUGAUAAUCUAGUAUAAUGCCAUAAUACCCGAUAUAACAAGCUAAACCCUUAGUUUAACUGUAUUAAUUUAAGAUGACGUUCCAGGCAAAAUUGUACCACGUGACCUCAUUUAAUGCUUUAAGACAGCGUCGAGCGUCAACAUGAAAUUGCACCUUAAUAUUAUUUUGAAAUAUAAUUUAUUUAAAAUUAAUGAAUUCCACAAACGGAACGUGACUCGUUAAAUAUAUAUUUUUUUUCUAAUUACAGCUAAUGUAGUGGAAAUUUUCAAUAUUCUUCGAAAAUAAACUUAAUCUGUUCAAUGUUUCAAAUUUAAUUGAAGAUCCUAGAAAUGGAACAUCAACAUCGACUUUAAUUUUCAUUUAGUUGAUCUAAAUAAUGUACCAGAUGUUUUUUGCAAACUCGAAAAAAAGAUUGUUUAAAUUUUCCAAAUGUAUUUUUAACAAUUUUCACUGCUGGAUUUGUUUACACUGUUCAUAGGUAUUAACUUUUUUUUUUAUAUAUUAGUGUCGUUUUGUAGAUAAUUGAAUAUGUAUUUAUUAAAAAAAAUAUAUGUACAUUAUUGCCAAAUAAAGAUUUAUUUAUUUUAAA